UCGAAGUUUCAGCUAAGUUAUGACAGUUGUCGUUUGCAUUUUAAAAGUUUCAAAUGAAAAUUUUCAAUUUUGCUGUAGUCCUCGCUGUGGUGAUGGCAGUGAUGCUUUGCCAAAUGGUUGUGGCUCAAGGACCAGGUGGUGGCGGCCAAGCCGGUGGUCAAAUGGGUGCUGGUAUGAGUGCUGGUGCUGGCGCUGGUGGUGGUGCUGGAGGUGGCGGCGGUGGUGAUGCUAAGGGUCAAGGUGAAGGUCAAAUGGGUGCUGGCAUGCAAAUGGGUGCAGGCAUGGGUGGCGGAGCUGGCGGUGGACCUGGUGGCCGUUAAUUUUCCCGAUUUGUUUAAUUCAGCACUUAACCAUUGCUAAUGGGCAAACGAAAACAUAGGCAUAUCUCCUCUUCCAGAACCCCUUCAAAUGUUGACACUUGGACUUAGAUUUAACUAAACACUGGCCUCCACUUAAAUUUUGCCAAAUAAAUGUGAAAAUAUGUGAAAAAAAUUUUAUCUAAUACCAA